AUGUGUGUUUAUAUUUGGUUCAACAUGUGGCAACUUCCAUUCAUUGACUAUGUUGUAUCCUCAUCGCAUCAAUUUAUUGCUUCUUCACUUCUCUAUUUAUCAUCUUAACUAGCGUUGACUUUUUCUAAUUUGAAGACAUUUUUCAUUCACAUUUAUUUCACACCCUUUUAUUCAUUCUGUGUUUUUUUUCCCUUCAUAUGUGUUGUUGGAUAACAAAGAAAGAAGAAAAGAAAAAAAACACUUCAAUUCAUAAUGGGAAACUUAUGCAUAAAACCAGUUGCUAAUGUGUCUUCAACAAGUUUUGGAAGUACGAAGACUCAGAGCAAAACAAAACAGACUUCAUCAAAUUCUCCUACACGAAAAACCGUUUCGAAAACUUCACCAUCAAAUGUUGACAAAUCCAUUGCCAAUGAUGUUAAGUCCUUCACUUUCAAUGAUCUAAAAGAGGCCACUCGGAACUUUCGACAUGAAAAUUUAAUCGGCGAAGGAGGGUUCGGAUUCGUCUACAAAGGUUGGAUAGAUGAGAACACAGGUGCUCCUACAAAACCAGGAAAUGGAAUUGUAGUGGCAAUUAAGAAGCUUAAACCAGAAAGUUUUCAAGGCCACAAGGAAUGGCUUGCCGAAGUUAAUUAUCUAGGCCAACUUCACCAUGAAAAUUUGGUGAAGCUUAUUGGUUAUUGUUCAGAAGGUAAAAACAGGCUUCUGGUUUAUGAGUUUAUGCAGAAAGGAAGUUUGGAAAAUCACUUAUUCAGAAAAGGUGUUCAACCGAUUUCUUGGAUUACAAGGAUCAAUAUUGCGAUCGGCGUUGCACGAGGACUAGCAUUCUUACAUUCUCUUGAUGCAAAUGUUAUUUAUCGCGAUUUAAAGGCUUCCAACAUCUUACUCGAUUCGGAUUUCAGUCCAAAUCUUUCGGAUUUCGGCUUGGCUAGAGAUGGUCCGACCGGAGAUAACACUCAUGUUUCAACUAGAAUUAUCGGAACUCAUGGCUAUGCCGCCCCCGAGUAUGUAGCUACAGGUCAUUUAACAGCGAGGAGUGACGUAUACAGCUUUGGUGUCGUCCUGUUAGAGUUACUAACAGGACGGCGUGUAGUUGAAGAGGAUAGACCCGGAUAUUCGGACGAAACACUGGUGGAUUGGGCAAUGCCUUUUCUUAGUGACAGCAGAAGAAUAUUGAGAAUCAUGGAUACUAAGUUGGGUGGUCAAUACUCAAAGAAAGGAGCACAAGCUGCAGCUGCACUUGUUCUACAAUGUCUUAAUAAUGAUCCUAAACAUAGACCUACUAUGGUGAAUGUUCUAGCUACAUUGGAAGCACUAAUUUCUUCAAGUUCAUUCCCAAGGACCCCAAAAAAUGAUAACCAUGCAACUAGGCAUUCUAGUCAUCAUUCACAUAAGUCAAUUACUAGAAAACAUUGAGGUGUGUUUCUCCAUCAGGACUAGUGCUUUGUUUGAUUAUGUAGCCAAUGAUCAAUUUUCAUGUUAUUAUUGAAAAGCAUCAUUAUGCUUAUGCAGCACCAUUCCUGGCUUAGGCAGCUAUGGAAAAACUUAGACUUGUAAUUUUUAGACCAUUAUAUUCAAUUCAAUUAUAGAUAGAGUCACAUCAAUUUUUUUAAUAAAA